UGAGAGCAUGCUUUCUGCUCCUUUUUCUCUCCAGAUUGAGAAGACAUGGCUUACCAAAGCUUCCUGCUGGAGCCCAUCAGCUGCCAUGCUUGGAACAAGGACCGAAGCCAACUGGCCAUCUGCCCCAACAACCACGAGGUCCACAUCUAUAAGAAAGACGGCACCAAGUGGAGCAAAGUCCACGAGCUGAAGGAGCACAACGGACAAGUGACCGGCAUCGACUGGGCCCCCGAGAGCAACCGGAUCGUGACCUGCGGGACGGACCGCAACGCCUACGUCUGGACCCUGAAGGGCAACGCCUGGAAGCCCACGCUGGUCAUCCUCCGGAUCAACCGCGCGGCCCGUUGCGUCAAGUGGUCGCCCAAGGAGAACAAGUUUGCCGUCGGCAGCGGCUCCAGACUCAUCUCCAUCUGCUACUUCGAACAAGAGAACGACUGGUGGGUCUGCAAACACAUCAAGAAGCCCAUCCGCUCCACCAUCCUCAGCCUGGACUGGCACCCCAACAACGUCCUCUUGGCGGCCGGAUCCUGCGAUUUCAAAUGCAGGAUUUUCUCUGCCUACAUCAAGGAGGUGGAGGAGCGUCCCAUGCCGACCCCCUGGGGCUCCAAGAUGCCCUUCGGGGAGAUGAUGUUUGAGUCGGGCAGCAGCUGCGGAUGGGUGCACAGCAUCUGCUUCUCGGAGAGCGGCAACCGGGUGGCCUGGGUGGGACACGACAGCACCGUCUGCCUGGCCGACGCCAACAGGAAGAUGGACGUGGCCUCCCUGUUCAUGGAGACUCUCCCGCUCCUGGCCGUGACCUUCAUCACUGAGAACAAGCUUGUGGCCGCGGGCCACGACUGCUGCCCCAUGCUCUUCACCUACGACGAGCAGCAAGGAGCGCUGGCCUUUGCGGGCAAGAUGGACCUCCCCAAGCAGAGCUCCCAGCGGGGACUCACGGCCCGCGAGCGCUUCCAGAACCUGGACAAGAAGGCCAGCUCCGACACCGGCAGCGCCACCCUGGACACGCUCCACAAGAACAGCAUCAGCCAAAUAUCGGUCAUUGCUGGGGGCAAAGGCAAUUGCUCCAAGUUCUGCACCACAGGAAUGGACGGGGGCAUGAGCCUUUGGGACAUCAAGAGCUUGGAGUCGGCUAUGAAGGGCCUCCAGCUCAAGUGAGGACCACAACUGGAACCAAGCCCAUUGCAGCAGCUUUUCUCCCCGUGUUGAGUCGAGGAAGACUCCGGCUCUCAGCUUAAACAACGGCGUCUCCUUCCUUGCCGCAGAUCUACAAAGAUAAUCCCAACAGCUACAAGCUUUUGCAGUUUUCUGUGCCUUGCGGAGCACAGAAACGUAAGAAGGAAAAAAGAAUGUAUGUUAAGCCUUUGCUCAAUAAAAGACUCAAAUAAU